AUGGCAACACCUACGACUGGUCGGCAGAACUCGCGGUUCUCUUCGCUCAAUGUUUUCAAGCUUGCUUCCAGCUCAAAGCCGCCUCCACUUCCCCCCAAGGACAUACACUAUUUGCCCAACCCAUCCCUCCCUUCGUUGAACCACUCCUUAUCCCCAGACUCGCUUACGUCGCAACCCGUUACCCCGCUGUCUGCGCACUAUGGAGGUCUCACUAGGAGCCCCUCACCAACCCCAUCGUAUGCCACUAGCCGGUUGGCUAUGUCGCCUGCCUCCUCGUCGACUGCGCUUUCACCUGAAUCGGCAGUAUUCAGGAAGGGAUUCCAGAAGCUGUCAAGCCUGGGCAGACGGCCCAAGACACCCAAGACCCCUGCGCAAGAACCGAUAGACCUUCAACCUCCAGACCCUGUCCCUGACCCAUCGAUAUCAAAUCCUUGGAAUUUCCAGCACAAUCUCCACGUUGACGAGAACUGCAAUGGGUUGCCACCAACAUGGGCCGCUCGUCUGAGCGAAUUGGGGCUAAGUGAGGAUGCCAUAGCGACCAUUCAUGCCCGUAGAAUUGCAGCUCGAUCGGUCAACGUUCGGACUAUCUACUCAAUUAUGAGUGGAGGUGAUCGCAAUACGGUUGUCGGGAGUGACGUGCCACCAUUCCUCCGCCCAGAGCUGUCCCAGGCAUCCACCUCGCAGACGUCAUUGUCUUCGGGAACGCGUAUACACGACAGAGACUUGUCGUUCGCGACCUCGUCGUGCGAGAAUGUAUCAUUUGGCUCAGCAAACCACCUCGAUGACCGUACCGCAACACGCUCCGUACGUCCGGGUCCGCCGCCCUCACGACCAAUACCUGUACCUUCAGAUUCCUCGUCGAGUACUGCUUCAGCUUCCAAACAAGACCUUCCACCAAAAACGCCACCACGGAGAGCUUAUCAUAUAGCAAACGGCUCGGUCAAUUCCAUGGGAUCGCCUCCGCCAGCUUAUAGCUCCGCUAAGAAAGACGUGUCUCUGACAUGCGUGGACGAAAGUCUUGUGCUGCCUACCGUCUCCGAAAAGAAACCUUUGGAUGCUGGCGAUCAAGAGAGUCCACCUACAGCUGGCGCUCCAGCACCACUUUUAGCUUCACCACCCCGGCUUUCUCUGCAGAAGGACAGCCUGGGAGAUCUUUCCAGCUGGUCUGAAUCACUAUUUUCCAUCAUGCCUUCGCCGUCGACGAGCGCCACAUCAUUAACUAAACUUGCACCCUCACUUAUUGCAUCGACUUCUACUAAUAUCACUAAUCGUUCGCCCGCGUCUGUUCGUCUACGUGCAAAGUCACACACACGCUCACCGUCAACUCAACGUGCUUUGCCUCCGCAAAAGCCAGUACCCCUGCAUGAUCUUCCUGCAAGGGCCGCGCUCGCACCCGCAUCAGCGAACAACACGCCACCAUCAUCAGCCAAAGCGAUAAAUCCCUUAUGGCAUGAAGUCAUGGAGAUGGUGCGUCCCUCUGAUUCAUCCGAGCCGAUUCCAACUAGGCGCCCUCUCUCCAAGCCGAAGUCGACCCCUACACUUACUGCGACCUCGUCGAGUUCUUCAUCGUAUAUGCUACCAACUCCCGAUUCAGAUUUGCCUGAAUCAGACCCUGCGCAUCUUCCUCCAGUAUACGUGGCAGAUGAGAAGACAAGUGGCUUUGGGGACGCCGACGACGAGGAUGGCACGCUGCAAGUUCGCUCGCGGGAGAAAGAAAAUCGCGAUUCAGAUUUGUCUACCAUGACAAUUGUUCCAGCCACCAUUAUCCGCGGAGCGGUUGCGCGCAGCGCGAGGGGAAAUAUCGUAGCGUCCCCUGUGAAAGGGAACGAAGACCUCGAGGACCAUAGGCAAUCGGCACUUCUUAUUUCUACCGCGCUUCCUCAGAAGGAUGUAGCGGACGACGCAAGUGGGCACUCGCAGUCACCCCGUAGUUCAGAGUCGCGAUCUAGCAGUUCAGGUAUUUCCACUGGAACAUUUGCGUCUAGCUCGGCCUCUGGGUCGGCAUAUACUAGGUCUUCUCCCAUGCCUUCACCGCUAUCUGGGACAUUCACCACCGCGCAGCGAGAUCACGAAUCACGGACAACAAAGGGAAAGAGCGAGCUUCCAGAGCUACAACUUGAUCUCGACAUGGACCUGAGUUUCGACACUGUUGUACGGCCGUCGAUCCUCAUCGACGACAUUAUCGCUGCCGGAGUGUUGACUGACUCUUCGUAUUCUUCUUCUCCUGCGCAGCCGUCUCCAGCGACUCCGGUUCCGCGUUACCUGGGAUGGGUGUCAGAAGUAGUCGCACCUUUAGCCCGAUUUAUCAACGACGCGGCAGACCCCCGCACUUUGUUUGGGGAGUUCCGCGAGGUUGGGGAGGGAGAAAGUGGAAGUGUCUACGCUGCACGUGUAUUGACUUCGUCUGAGAACGAAGAAGCUGACGAUGUUAACCCGACUUUCGUCGCGAUCAAGAACGUUCCGUUACUCCCGAGCGGUUCGCCCAAGCUGGAUGAUCUUCGACGUGAGCUUGUUUUGAUGCGCAGUGUACGGCACCCAAAUGUGUUAAGUAUGGAAGAUCUCUUCGUGGACGUUGUGGAGGACGCGCUUUGGAUCAAGAUGGAGCUGAUGGAGCGCAGUUUGGCGGAUGUUGUUGUGCUGGUAGAAGAGGGUAUUGCUAUUCAGGAAAAGCAUAUUGCACAGUUCGCCAGUGAUGUUUUGCAUGCUUUAAAUUAUUUACAAACCCUUGGCAUAGCCCAUCGGGACUUGCGGUCGGACAACCUUCUAGUUACCAGCGAAGGGAUUGUGAAGAUAGCUGAUUUCUCAAGGGCUGUGCGCGUCUCCAGGGCGGCACCGCUUUGUAGCGACCCUGCUGGUGUGAUUUACUGGCAGCCACCUGAGGUGAGAUCGGGAUCAUACAAUGCCCUAAAGGUCGACGUGUGGUCACUAGGUGCCACAGUUUGGGAAUUAGCUCAGGCAGAGCCCCCGUUCUCAGACGUUGCAGAUCCGAACCAAAUGAACGACCGCUGGCCACAACUCCGCCAGCACGAAAUUUACUCACGAUCUUUCCAUGAUUUCUUGCAUCUAUGUUCUGAGCCCAGCUCUUCGCGUCCGAAUCCAGCCGAGCUGUUGAAAACCCCCUUCAUCAGUAAUGCAAGUGGACGGUCCGCGAUUCUCGAACUUCUUUCGGAGUGUCGCACCUCUAGCCCUGGGGUGCUAACUCGCGGCCAACAUCGCAAACGCGCACUGUCAGGUACAGACGAAGAAGAUGAAUUCUUUGAGAGAAAGAGACCUAGAGUUUCGGCCAGGCUCUCUGCAAUCUUCGGUACGGGCUCGCGUCCUCCGCCGCCCAACCUCAACUACGAUCGCAUGCCCAGUAUAUCUCGCGACGAAGGGAAUUUCUUCGCCGAACCAUCAAUUAUUUCUCAUCGACCACGACUACUAAGCUCGAGCACAUCGUUCUACUCAGAGCGCUCGCUGUCACGGCAAGCGUCUGUUUCGAGCGUGGCUACUUUGGAGGGUCUUGCUCUCGUCCGCAGUGCCUCCGUGAGUUCCCUGUCGGAGCUCCGAGGAACUCCGUCAAAUCCAACUCCAGCGGAAUCCGCGGUUCUUCAUCUACGAAGGGACAAAUUAAUGAUCGACUUUGCCGUCGCCGAAGCUGACCUCAAGGCUGGCAUCUGGCCCGUCAGCUGGUCGGAGAAAAAUAUCAUGGUCUUCGGCCGCGGUAACCGUGUCCAUUACAAGAACCUUGCGGCGAGCGAGGAUAUGGGACAGCUUUGUAAAAUUCGUGAAGAUCAAGGAAACCUACGCGUAGUUCAGUGCGGGGGGGAGGAUCAACCGACGACUGUAGCGCUUUCCACUAGUAAAGGAGUCAUUCAGAUUUGGGAUCUGGCGACGAAGAAGAUGGUGUCUCACUGGACCACAAAAACGGUGACCGCCAUGCAAUGGAACGGCCCGGUCCUCACCGCCGGUGGCGAACGUGGCACUAUUCGCCAUUUCGACACUCGCAUCAAGGAAACUCCAAAAAUGAAGGAGCAGGCACGCAAAGUAACGCGUCAUCAGGCCAAGAUUUGUAGUCUAGCUUGGAAUACCGAAGGGAAAUUUUUCGCGAGUGGGGACGAAAGUGGGUUCGUUCACGUCUGGGAUUCGAGGCAAACAGCACCUUUAGAUGUCGGCGAGCUUGUUCAGCGACGUAAGAAAAUCCAACACGAUGGAUCGAUCACCGCUCUGGCGUGGUGUCCAUGGCAGUCGAAGAUACUUGCCACUGGAGAUUCUGCCUCAGAUGGAUCAGGCACCAUUCGUAUCUGGAACAUUAAUGGACCGUCAGCUUCUCAUUUGAAUUCUAACCAUCCAACGAAACUCGAACUAGACGCUGAGAUUCGAUCGCUGCAUUUUUCCCCACAUUGCAAAGAAAUACUUAGUACGCAUGGGCCAGGCAAAUCUACACCGGCCCCACCUCCACCAUCGCAUCUAGAGUCACACAUGUUUCCGUCUGAGCCUGUGCCCUCUAAAAUCGCCAACUCGGUCGUUGUACAUGCAUUUCCCUCCCUACGGCAGCUUGUGACGCUGCAGGCGGCGAAUCAGAAAAUUACUGGAAGCGUCCUCAGUCCCAACGGUCAGCGAGUGGUGAUCGCGGUCCCCGAAGAGGCCAAACUGAAGGUCUGGGAUGUGUGGGGAAAGCGGAAAGAGUUGAAGCGCUCUUCUAGUGUUCUGGAUGGUUCCGGGAUUAGGUGA